UUGACGUCCAAGCAGUCUAGCCGCAGCGUUUGCAAAGCAGAUCUGGCUCAAGGCGACCGCGCUUCCAGCUCGGCUGCUGGCUUGCGCACGAGAGCUUGCAGAAGCCUCGCUCCCGACAGCGCGCCCAGAUCGCAGCCUGGAGCCCAUGGCACAGCCGCCCUCCGCGCCGCCUCCGCAGUGCCACUGCCCCGACUGCCUGUCCGCGCGGUCCAUGACGGCGCAACUCGGCCAGCCCCCUCCCAUGCAGGUCGCCCCAGAGGAGGCCUGGGCGUCGAGCUCGAUGCAGCCGAGCGCCCCGGCCCCCUCCUUCGUGGCUCCGCAGCUUGCCCCGCACGCCGCGCAGGCGCUCGCGGCACCGCCGCCCGCGCCCCUCCGCGCGCCGCUGCUGGCGCGCGCGGCGCAGCCCCCGCCCGCACACGGGGCCCAGCAGCUCGCGGUCCUCGUGCCGAGCGGCAUCGCCGCCGGGCAGCACCUGCAGUUCACCACCCCCGACGGCCAGAGCAUGUUCGUGACCGUGCCGCGGGACUGCCCCCCGAACUCGCAGGUCAUGGUGCAGUACCAGCCGUGGCGGCCCCUGGACCAGGGGGCCCACCUCGCGGCCCCGCGACCGGGAGCUGGAGCAGUUCCCGGACCAGUGGGCCCGCUUCACGGACCAGGGGUCCCGCUCCCGGGACUCGCGGCUGCGGCGGCGGCCCCACCAUUGCCAGGGGGCGAUUCGGAUGCGCGGGGGAUGAACAUCGGCUGGGCCCUCUACGGCCUCGGCUGGCUCCUGUGCUUCGUCGUCCCGCCCCUCGCCCUGGUGCUCUGGAUCUCCCUGGCGGUCCCGCACUUCUGCUGCAGGAGCCCUCAGCUGCGCGCCCAGCGCCCGCGCCAGCGUGGCCCCGCGGUUGCGGCCGCGGCCACCUGUUUGGUGCUCGCCGCCAUCGCCGCCGUCGGCGCGGUCGUGGGGGGCGGGUUCAUGCCAGAGGAGGCCGCGGCACGCGGAGACGGACACCUGAUCCCGCACCGGAACCACAGCCACCGCGGCCGGCCGCGCCCCCCAGGGCCGCUGGAGCACCACCGCCACUUCGUCGGAGAGGUGCCCCACCAGCGGCUGCGCGGCGCCGUGCUGGCAGGCAAGCCGCUCUUCGAUUCGGUUUCCGUCGAGGGGCUCGUUGUGGCUGGCGGGGGCUCCUUGCAGCAGAGCUCGGUUGUCGUCUCUGCCGCGCUCGCGGGGCCCACGGUGGUGCAAGGCCCGCGCGAGGUGAUAGGCGUGUCGGAGGCUCCAGGCUGGUUCUCGAUGGCGGUGCACAAGGUUGCCGGGAUGUGGGCGGCGAAGAAGGAGGCACAUCAUGAGGCCAUGAAGAAGUGGACGGGCCAUGUUACUAACUACACGGUCGUCGAGGGUGCCGAGGAGGAGGCGCACAAGCCAUGCGCGCUCAAGGCCGCAGCCGAGAAGUUCAAGCAGCAGUGGGUCAAGCUGGAGAGGCCCGACGUCUUAGAGUGAGCAUGAGUAAUAUGCCUACGGUGCCGAAACGAUCCGCUAGGAGCAGAAGUCCUGGGUCUUUGGGAACACGUGCUCUUGUACAUACCAGAGGGGGAAAAAUUAUCUCCAACCAGCAACGGUGACUGCGAGUCUGGUUCACUGUGCAGGGAUAGCGUGUUCGAAUAAAAAAAGGUCGCGGCCGGUGCUGCAUGAUGGUUCUACGAGGACGUGCAGGGCCUUGGCUCGGGGACACGCAAGACUCGAGUGCGCCAGAACUCGGGCUUGCCGACGCUUUCCGACGGGCGCGUCCUGGAUGUUGACGGCCCGGCUUCCGUGGGAUGUCUGCAGCGGGAGUUCGCGUCAAAUUUCAGGUUGGUUCUCGUCAAUUUCAUGAUGGCCCCGAAGUAGGCAUCUCGGGCAUCCAGAUCCCAAUCUGCUGCAGGCGCCUUCCUAUUUCAAGAGUCGAGCGGCUGCCCCACUUCCCUCCUCUUCUUGGGGCGGGCGGAAACCCACUCCAUUUCUAGCGCCUUCCUACCCUGCAUGCUGCUCUCAUCGUACUCAAGGACCACAUCCCAGAAAUCAUUUCGAGCACCC